GCUCAGGCGCACGGGCCCCCGCUCGCGCGCACACGGGCCGCGCCGGCGGGCGGGAGGCGGAGGCGCCCUCGGAGCCGGGCGGCGGGCGGGGAGGGCCGGCGCGGGAUGGAGGGGGCGCUGCGGCCGGCGGAGGAGGGGCCCAGCGGCCCCAAAAUCUACCGGCAGCGCGGCCCCUACAGCGUCCUCAGGACGUUCCCGGGCAAGCGGCCGGCGCUGGCCAAGCGCUACGACCGGGCCCCGCUGCUCGAGCCGCCGCUCGCCCGGCCGCCGCCGCCGCCCCCGCCGCCCUUCGCGCCGCCCGCCGCCGCCUCCAGCAGCAGCAGCAGCAGCAGCAGCAGCAGCAGCGCGGGCGAGCCGCCGCCGUUCCCGCCGCAGGGCUCCUUCCCCCCCGGGCCCGGCCGGGCCGCCGCCGCCUCGUCGUCGUCUCCGUCCUGCGCGCCCGCCGCGCCCCAGGGCCCCCCGAGGGCCUCGGCGCCGCCGGCCCCCGCCGCGUCCUCGUCCUCGUCCUUCGCCGCCGUCGUGCGCUAUGGCCCGGGCCCGGGGGCCGCCGCGGGCAGCAGCAGCAGCAGCAGCAGCAGCAGCAGCAGCAGCAGCAGCAGCAGCGCGGGCAGCGACGGCGCCAGCCUGGAGCUCAGCGCAGAGAGUCGAAUGAUCUUGGAUGCCUUUGCCCAGCAAUGCAGUCGAGUUCUUAGUCUCUUAAAUUGUGGAGGAAAGCUUCUGGACUCCAACCAUUCUCAAUCCAUGAUUUCUUGUGUAAAGCAGGAAGGCUCCAGUUAUACCGAAAGACAGGAGCAGUGUCCCAUCGGGAAAGGGGUCCACAGUCAGACCUCAGAUAACAUAGACGUAGACAUGCAAUAUAUGCAAAGGAAACAACAGACUUCUGCCUUUUUGAGGGUUUUCACUGACUCCCUACAGAAUUACCUGCUCUCAGGGAGCUUUCCAACUCCAAACACCUCUUCAGUCAGUGAGUAUGGCCAGCUGGCCGACAUGGAUCCUCUGUCAACCUCCCCCGUGCAUACACUAGGUGGCUGGACCUCCCCGGCAACCUCCGAAUCCCACGGUCACCCGUCCUCUUCUACACUGCCGGAGGAGGAAGAAGAGGAGGAAGAGGAAGGCUACUGCCCUAGAUGCCAAGAGCUGGAGCAGGAGGUUAUUUCACUACAACAAGAAAAUGAAGAGCUCAGACGGAAAUUAGAGAGCAUACCAGUGCCCUGCCAGACUGUUCUGGAUUACCUGAAGACCGUGCUGCAGCACCACAACCAGCUCCUGGUCCCUCAGCCUGCAGACCAGCCCACCGAGGGAAGCAAGCAGCUGUUGAACAACUAUCCUGUCUACAUAACGAGCAAACAGUGGGACGAGGCUGUAAAUUCUUCAAAGAAAGACGGAAGACGGCUCCUUCGAUACCUCAUCAGAUUUGUUUUCACAACCGAUGAGCUUAAGUACUCAUGCGGCCUUGGGAAAAGGAAAAGGUCAGUGCAGUCAGGAGAGACAGGUCCCGAAAGACGCCCUCUGGAUCCAGUUAAAGUAACAUGCCUCCGAGAAUUCAUUAGGAUGCACUGUACUUCCAACCCCGACUGGUGGAUGCCCUCGGAGGAACAAAUAAACAAAGUGUUCAGCGACGCUGUGGGUCACGCCCGGCAGGGGCGGGCGGUGGGGACUUUCCUGCACAACGGUGGCUCGUUUUAUGAAGGGAUCGAUCACCAGGCUUCCCAGGAUGAGGUCUUCAAUAAAAAUUCCCAGGAUGGGCCUGGGGAUUAGUGGACAAAAAUCUUUACACCGUAGCGGCUGGUCCUCUCAACAGUUCCAGUUGUCCGUGUGCUGUCCCCGUCCCCUGAGAGUCCAGACCAUGUCCUUCUGUCAGACUGUACACAUCUCAAACCUUAACUCUCUUGACCUACUGCCACAGUUCCCAAAUAGAAAUCCAUUUUGGGAUUGUUUGGGAAGUCUAUGGAACCUACAGCAGACUUUGGGUACAUUAUAAAAAGAAAAAACAAUUGAAUUUAAUUGAUUCCUAGCUAGACAGUGAGGGUGAAAAAAAAUCGGUGAACUACUGGUCACCUGUCUGAAAUCUUCCCGUAAGCCCUGCUUCCUGAGCAGAGCCCGUCCCCGCAGAAGACGGGGUACGGGGUUAGAGGCCCUGCCCGUGAAAGAAGAGGCAGAUGUGCAGUUAUUUUAAGGGACAAUGAACAUUUUCUUUAUUUUAAUUCAAAUAAGUUGUCUCUCCAUUUUCCAAAGACUUGAAUUCCUACUUUUCAGCCAAGACCUAGGGUGGGCGACACUGUCGCCUGUUGGCAAAGCCUGUAUUAAGCCUGAG